GUCCAGAGGACCAUCCAGUGAGAGAAUGGAGAGAGGAAAAGCUUGUUCCUCCAGCUCGCACCGCCCUCUUCCCUAUUUUGGGCUUCGUCUGCGGCAUGCUGCUGCUGCUUCGUCACUGCACACGAGGGGUCUUGAACUCAGGCACAACGACACACAGGCAGCAGGCAGAUCUCGGCGGUAGAAGCGGAUCUUGUUCAGGCAACGGGAGCCGACCCGCUCCUCCAAACUCGGGAAGAGAGCGCCACUCGGAAGUCAAUAGGACACAAUCACGCCUCUAUUCUCUUCUAUCUGCUCGUCUGUUACGUGUGGGAUGGCGGGCCGCUGAGCUGACAGACAGCAAAGGUGAGAGGGAGGCCACACACUUACUGACCCAUUCAGUCACCUCAAUGCGUUGACCUUCUUUGUCUGUGAGCAUCUCUCUCUCUGUGUGUUGUCGGCUCAUCAGUCACUGCAGGCGUGUUGGUUCGGUGUUGGCGGCCUCCCCAUCUGCCGCUGCUGCUGCUGGUGGUAGGCCAAACAUACUAAGAAGAUCGAGCUGUCGCGAAUAGCACGCCGAGCAAGGCGUACGCAGGAGUGGGCACCAGCACAAGCCUUCUGAUCGUCCCCUGACUGCGAAAGAGAUUGAGGAGCUGUGACUCUGCUGGUGCGGCGCAUCUCCGUCGUGGUGUCCUCUGCUCUCGUCGAGGGUGCUGCCGUCGCCUCCUCGGUGUCUGCUGUCAUCGUCCUGCUGCGGUGGCCGGUGUUAUGGAGCCGUCUGUGAGUGUGCGGUUCGCUGGCGAUGGGGAGGGCGAUGCGCCCCUCGAGAGAAAGGAGGGCGUUCUGCGGCAAUUGAAAUACUUCACUCAGGUCAGAUGCGACACACCAAACACGCCAGAGAUGACAGACACGCGACAUGGACACCAUGUGUGUCGUCUGUGUGUGUGCAGGUGAUGGACGGUGAGUUUUCGGAGGGCCAGGAGCGUCAGGUGUGCAUCGAGAAGAUCAGCCGGCCCAUCGGUGAGGUGGUGCUGCAGCAGGAGGUGGACAUCGUCAAGUCGCUGACCAAGGACAAUCUGCUCGACGCGAUGACAGCUCUCGACUACCUCCAAUUCGACGUCGACCGAAUCUUCACAACGGGCAGCAGUCAGAGCAUCCUGUGGCGCAUCCAUCGCAAGGUGAGCAUCGGCAAGAGAGAGACCUCAAUCUCGUUCAUGGCUCCACUGUCGGUGCCUUUCGGUCUCUGUCAGGUUGUGGGCGAGGGAUGGCUUGCCGACCAUCAGCUGGCCACCGGUCUGCUGGACGGCUUCAGCCGCUACCCCUUCAUGGCCCGAUUCAUCCACUGCCAUCCCGACAUCUGCGCUGCGCUGCGUCAGUGUCUGCGGAAGAAGCCUGACGUCAUCAGCGAGCAGUGGAGCCGUCGUGAAAUGGGCGAGGACACUGACGCUACCAAGGCAGCGUUGAGCCUGGCGGCUAGCCUGGCCGACGCCAUCUCGUAUGACGCAAUUGAUGUGUCGCGUCAAGAGCUUGCCCGAUUCAUGAAAUCAGUGAAAAACACGGCAUCUCUCUCGACAGCCCAUGGUAAGAAGGUCAACUGGCGGGAAGGCUAACAUCAGUGACAUCUGUAAUCUCUGUUGUGGUCGGUUUGGUGCCUUGUAUGUCUGCAGCGGCUGUUUUCGAGUCGGACGAAUUCUCAUUGCCUUCUACGGCGACGGUGCGGCCCUUUGCCGGCGAGCAUGAAGGACCCAUCACAUGUAUGGGAUUCCGCUUCAACGUGGUGGGGCUGCCGCCUCCUUACGCCCCCUGUGCACCCAACAACCUGCCGGCCAACGUUAUCCGCGACAGCGAUGCGAAGCUGACAGAUCUGGCGGGCUGGCACGUCAACUUCCCGCGAGUCGUUUGCGGAGCCGACAGGGAGUCGUUUGUGUCGUGCUACGCGGCUGAUUGCUACCUGCAGGUGGCUGGUCCUUACGGCAACUCCGAUACCACCCGUCCCAUGGUCCGAUUGCACGAGAGCCCGACUCUGAGCUGCAAUGCGAUCCGAAUGGGCGAGGAAGCGUCGGCUGGCGUCUCUGUCGGUCCAUUUGGUUUGAGCCUGCUGGGAGGAUCACUCUGGUUAUGUGGCAACGUCCCCAUUCUUUCUGCCGAUGCGCUGGCGCAGGAGGGGCUGGGGGAUACUCGUCUGAGGGAUAUUCAGCUCAAGGUGACGGCUCGCCGGUUCCCUAUGCGUGAACUGGCUCUCCACUACCUGCGGAUGUGCGUCAUCGAGGGCCGCUGUGAGGAGAUCUCCAUGAUGGCCAGGCAAGUGGAAAUGAGCACCUGCACAGAGACAGUACGUCUCUCACUCUCUCUCUCUCUCUCUGUGAUCGUCUAUGUGUGUGUAGGUCGAUUCAUCGUGAGGUCGCUGAGUACCUGCUCACCAGCAUGGGGGGGGUGGGGGGGGUGGGGCGUCAUCGCCUUCCACUGAUGCUGUAUUGGGCGGCGGCCAUUGAGGGCCUCUCUCGGCAUCGAGCUGAAGGUAUUUCAUCCGGGCUGGAGCGUCACUUUGACAUCAAGGAUGUGCCGGCCGUCCUUCCUGUGGUGCCCAAGCUUUCAUCAGCCAUCCAGACGGCCUUCAAAGAUACCGUAAAGAAGGCAGUCGACGCACACGAUGAGGAGGCCUUCGACCAGCUCUACGACCAGCUCACCACUUGCAGCAAGAAGGUAAGCCAGCUCCACUGGUCUUUUCAUCCCCUAUCCCGGGCCCACUGUCGGUCUGUCUAUGUCCAUGUGGCUCUUGUCCGCGCAGGAGGCGGCCGAGCGGCAUCGUCUCGCCGCCGAGAAUGAACGUCUUCGAAAUGAGAACGCCCUGCUCAAGAAACAGGUCAGUUGGGUGUUUGUUCAGCCAGCUUGCAUCAGUCAUUGCCAGCGUGCCUGUGUGUCGUUCGUUCGCUGGUUUAGGAGUGUCGUGGGACAAAGCGGCCGCGGGAUGAGAUGGAGGGCCAGCCGCAGCAGCAGCGGCAGCAAGAGGGGGAAGCUGACCAGGAGAUGAAGUCAUAGAUAGUAGGCGUCAUCCAUCCCUCCAUCCAUCCCUCCACGUGUGAUGCGUGUCGUGACCAAUUAUCAUUUUUGCCAGUUUGUUUUGUGUCGUGUCGUAUCGACCGGUUGCUCCCUUGCCUCUGGCUGACUGCUUGGAUAAGGUCGGACGGCUCGAUUGAUAUUUAUAUCCAUGCCGUCAUGCCGGUCUGUUUGACCGUAGGCAGACCAGUGACAGAGAGUCAGCCAGCCAGCCAACCGGCUGAUUCGUUUGGUACGGCGUGUGUACACACAAAUGUAUACAUACGUCGGCGACAAGUAUACAUACAAACAUACAAGCAUACAAACGUACAUACAUACAUACAUCUACCAGCGGCCACGUGCGGUGCGCAUUGUGAGCGAUGAUGAGUGUUGGCUUGCCUGCUGUCGUGGCUUGCCAUGUCUUGCCUGCUUAUUGCGUGGAUGGGAUCCAUGAACAAGUGCAUUCAGAGAGGUUCUUCUCUCUCCACUGCCUUGCCUGUUUGCUGGAAGCUCUAUUCAUACGCUCGGCAUAUGAAUGAGUGCGGCGUAUCCAUCCAUGCGUGCGUUGCUCGUGGAUGUGCGUGUGACUGACUGCAAUGAAUCCAACCCCUUGUCAUUUAUAUGCAAAGGAGGACACUUGUCCGUGUAUUCAUGUGCUCACAUUCGUGGAUGUGUGUGGUUUUGUGGCUGCAGUGAAUGGAUAAAUACGGUUUCACUUCAGAGAAAGGUCACACUCAUGCAAA